AUGGAACAGCCACAGGGAUUCAUUGAUCAAGACAAACCAGACUUUGUGUGCAAAUUGUCAAAGUCUCUUUACGUUUUGAAGCAGGCACCUAGGGCCUGGUUUGACAGCUUGAAAGCAACACUACUGCGAUGGAAAUUUCAGAACUCUAAGGCAGACUCCUCAUUGUUCUUUUACAAAACUCCUCAAGUUGUAAUCCUGGUAUUAAUCUACGUGGAUGACAUCAUUGUCACUGGAAAUAGCAGCUCUGAUCUCAAGAAAUUCACCACCAGAUUGAAUGAUCAUUUUGCCUUAAAGGAUCUCGGCCCUCUCAGUUUCUUUCUGGGUAUUGAAGUUCACAGGGAUGACACUGGAAUUUAUCUCAAUCAAGCCAGAUAUAUAAAAGAGCUUCUAAUCAAGACAGGAAUGAAGCAUCUCAAGCCUUGUUCUACUCCCAUGAUAGUUGGAAAAAUGCUGUCGAAAUCUGAUGGAGAGCCACUUGAUAAUCCAACUGCAUAUCGAAGUGUGAUUGGAGGCUUGCAGUACUUAACACACACACGACCUGACUUGUCCUUUGCUAUAAACAAGUUGAGUCAAUUCUUGCAAGUUCCCACUACUGCUCACUGGAGUGCCAUGAAACGAGUGCUUAGAUAUCUAAAAGGUACUCUUCACCAUGGGUUACACAUCAAGUACUCAGAGAAAUUGCCUCUGACAGGUUACUCAGAUGCUGAUUGGGCAUGCUGUCCAGAUGAUCGAAGAAGUGUAGCAGGAUAUUGUGUGUAUUUGGGUGAUACCUUGGUAUCUUGGCUAUCAAAGAAGCAGGCUGUUGUUUCUCGGUCCAGCACAGAAUCCGAAUACAGAGCAUUGGCACAUGUGGCUGCUGAGAUAUCCUGGACUCAAAGUUUGUUAAAAGAAUUUGGCUUCCCUCUGCCUUAA